AUGAUGGACAACUGCAGAAAAGUAACCAGAUGUGUAAACGAAAAGGAUUUUCAUGAUGGAAGAAUCAUGAACGGUUCCGAAGAAAUCCGUGAUAGAGGAAAUCCGAAAAAAGCGGAUAAUGCGAAUAAGUUGAGAUUCGUUUGGCUCGGAGAGUCCGGUUGGGAGAGGAAACCGAAGGAUUGGGAAUUUGAUCCAAAGUCUAAAAUCAACCAGUCAAAUCCGGGAUUUCAAAAUAUUUCAACUCCGAGAGCUUCGCCAUUUAUUGCCUCGGGAGCAGCACUCGGAGCAUUGAUUGGAUCCAAAAAAGGUGCCACGAUUGGAACAGCAUUCUGCCCAGGAGUCGGUACGGUGGUUGGUGGAGUUGUUGGGGGAAUCGCUGGAGCAGCAGUUGGUGUCAUCGUCAACAAAGCUAUGAGUAAGGCAGCCGCUGGCGAAUAA